AUGAUCGAGCUGGGCCUCCCAGUCCCUACAGGACGGUUUGCAGCGGGAGGUCUUGCCUCAGUUCUGGCUGAAGAGCUUGGUUAUGACUGUACGAGUCUUGCGUCUGAAUGGGAGACAGGGUUGAGGCUGGCAAAUGAAGAACAGUUGUGUGCUAUGCGAGUCGUCACGGAGACGGCCACCGUGGGAAGGGGUGGUGUUUUCUUUUUGGAUGGACCGGGCGGUACGGGAAAGACAUUUGUGGAACGCCUCUGUCUCGCAAGAGUGAUCUACGGCAAUGUCUCCCAGUGGUGGAGCAUGGUACUCGGUCCCAGACAAUUGCAGCGACUCUCACUCAAGCUGCAUUCUGGCCGUCGGUUUGGCAGCUGCAGCUGCGGACCAACAUGCGGCUUCAGGCGGGCCCUGCAGCUUCCGUAA